AAACAAAAAGGAGCAAUAGUAACGAUAGCGUUUGUUGUGAAAAAAAGGAAUAAUAAUAGCGAUGGUGUUUUCUUCUAACCCUUUCGCGCUAAGCGUUCCCGAACCCGCCUUCGAAUCAUGGCUUCGUGACACCGGCUACCUCGAAAUCAUCGACCAACGAACCUCCGCCGCCGCAGCCGCUGUAACCACCACCGUUAAUUCCAACUCCUCUCCAUUACUACCCACCACCAGUCUCUCUUCUAAACUCCUCACCUUCUUCUCUCUCCUCACUCUCAAUCCCUUCGCCAAACUCACCGCCGAUGAUUUCUCCGGCGAUACUCCUUCUUGGUCUCGCUCCUUCUUCGGCUCCUCUGAUUCUUACUCCUUCCCUUCUUCCCCUUCCCAAGCUCGAUUCCGUGUUCACGAAAAUGUUAAACGAUAUGCUCGUAACUACGCUUAUCUCUUCAUCAUUUUCUUCGCUUCUGCACUGUAUAAGAUGCCACUUGCUCUGGUUGGGUUGAUAUCAUGUUUGGCACUGUGGGAUUUUUUCAAGUUCUUUAGUGACAGAAAGGGAUUGGAUCAAUAUCCUGUGAUUCGCCAGUGCUUGCUUCGUAUUGCCCAAUGUGCAACCGCAGUUAUUCUAAUAUGUUCCAAUGUUCAAAUGGCUCUCUUUUGUGCCAUAAGUGUCAGCUAUGCAGGAGUGAUACUGCAUGCUGCAUUUCGGAAGUUAACCCCUGCAAAGCAACCUUCAUCGGUCAGAGGCAGAUAGUUGGUUGAUCAAAGAAAGAGUUGUAUACUUCCCUUUAUCCAGAAUACCAUACUUGAGUGAUUCAAGGGGCUUUGAUAUGGAAGAUAGUUCUUACAAUGUAGAAGGGGACAGAACUUUGGUACAGAACAUUGUGCAAUGUAGAAUUCAGGGAACAGGUAUAGGAUUAGGUUUUGAGAGAGCAAGUCCAUCAUGUAGCCUUUCUGUAAGGCGCUGUAGUCUCUACUUGGAUGCUUUUUUCAUGAUUAUAUUUACAUGUAAAAAGGUUUUCAAUAUUUACACAUUUAAGUGGUAUCUUGUUUAUAUAUUUUACGA